UGACGACGUCACAAUCAACGGUCUUUCUCUUUUUUUUUCUUCUUUAAGAUUGGAAAUAUUGCACGGAUGAAGCUGAAUUCCACAUUCUCAUCAGACAUGAGAAAGAUGUUUCGUAUUUCAUACUUUUCAUACAUGUUUUAAAAUUCCAUAACUCGACAAUAACUCCGGGCUGAUUAUUAGUGAUGAAAUUUAUUUUUCUACAUUGUUUGUCAACGUGAUUUUAACCAAUGCUUGUAGCAAAAUUAGAGUGAAAAUUAAUUAAAAAUGUCAAAAAAAUACAAGCUGUGUAAUUUACGUGAAGCAAACGACUGUAAACGUGCACAGGGAAUAGGCCUACCAUGGAAUUGUGAUAUUGAUGUUCAGCCCCCAUGCUUUUGACGACUGUAAACGUGCACAGGGAAUAGGCCUACCAUGGAAUUGUGAUAUUGAUGUUCAGCCCCCAUGCUUUUGGCUCAUUGCCCAUCCCCCUUUAAAAUCGUUCAAUGGCUUCUACGUAUAAGUGUGUGUAUAGAUCAGGUGUAUUAUACUCAAGGGUGAUUCUUGACAAGAAAAAAAAUAAGCUAACCCCCCCCCCCAAAAAAAAAAAAAAAAAAAAACUCAGUUUGAUUUAGAUUUUGGCACCCGUUGUCAAAGUUUAAUUCCAGAUUUUUUGCAGGUAAAUGUAGCUAAAUAGUUGGAUGGCGAUGUGCUUUAUCGGUAAUUUUGAAAGAGAGUUACCUGUCAAAUUCGUUCGACAUGCUCAAGGAAUACUCAAGAAAAUCGGAGCUCGACUCGGUGAUGGUGCUGUCUGAGCUACGUAUGUCAUUAGCAGUAGACCCUCGGCUAGAAAACGGAAACAAUCCUGUUUUCAUGGCAACUUAAGUUUGUCUCCCCCGGUCUCUUUUAUGCCCCGGGGUUAUGCCCUCUUCUUCAAAUUUGAAGUUUUCAACAAAGUCGAGUCAUUCUCAAUAAAAAAAGAUCGAUUGUCAGGAGUAAGUUCAUCCAUCCAUCCAUCCAUUCUUUUUUUUUUUUUUUAGAGUGAAAAGUAUAAUAACGCUAUAAUAGGAGAUGUGUAAAGAACUUCCAGAAAGUUCUCACAGUUUUUCAAAACCGAUGAUUUAUCUUUAUCAAUAAGGACGAUCCGAUGAUUGUUAUCGAAUAUAUUAGUCUUUCCAAUAUCAUACUUUUCAAGCGACAUGCAAACAAAAUGGUAAAGAUAAAUCGAAGCUCAUAAAAAAAGCUCGGCAUGAGAGAUUCAACAUAGAAUUGAACGCGUUUAUAACACCUUCUCCUCUCCUCUUUUCUCAUAGAGAUUGAAAGAAAGUGUGAAACUACGCAGGGAGAGAGAGAGAGAGAGAGAAUCUGAAAUUGGUGACCGAUGUCGUGGGUUUCUACAGUCUGUAUGCCUACAUUUAGUCUGUGUGUGUAUAUACGUCUGCAAUAGGCUAAGCGAUGAUGACUGUACACGGACAAAAUACACACUUCCUUUGUCUGGAGGCAAUACAAUAUCGUUCGACGCUAUAUACUCUGCACAUACACAGACAUCGUGCGUGUAUGCGAUAUAUACCCGUUGUAUUGUAUAUAGUCAUGUCUGAAGACUGUCUUGUCUGUCUUUAUAUAUCGCGUCUUAAUAUUUCAUCCCAAAAGCACAAAACUCAUCAAAUUACAUCAAAAUAAGAUAAUAUUUGGACUUCAAAGUGAUCGAAGAAGUUUGCUAGCAGAUAUCAGUGAGCAGAAUGGAAUCAUCUGGCCCAGCGGAGAAGGAUAUUAAAGAGGAAUGUGUUGAAGUUGUUUCUGAAAUCGACGCAGAGUCUGUGGUGACUGUUGAAAUGGCUGAAAUGGCUGAGGCGUCCAUGUUCAUGUCGGGCGAGGACGAAGUGGGCUCUGAUAACAGCGGCGUCUACAUGACCGACACACAACAACAAGAGACAUUAGCUGGUAGUAACGACACCGUCGUUAUUCUAGAAAGGAGAGAAGUAAAUAUGAAUAAACCUGAGAGGGAAACGAUCUUAUCCCUGAUCGAAAUGGUUAGGAAUCAGCCAGAAAUCUGGGACCAUACCAACGGGGCUUAUAGGGAACCACACUGGAGACGAAGAACAUUCCGGAAGAUUGCCGAAGUGCUCGGAUGGUCUACGGAAGACGUCGUCAAGAAAUACAACAAUCUUCGUACAUACUAUACGAAGGAGGUGAUCAAACAGAAGAGAUCCCCCACUUAUCGUUCUAAGUGGCCCUACUUCAACCAGCUGGAUUCUUUUCUUCGCAGAACCAUCCAUAAGCGACCUGCAAAAGUAACAACGGCAAAUAAAUGGGCACGACUUGCUGGAAGGACUACCCCUGGUCAGGACAACAGUAUCCAGAUACAUGGAGCUGCAGGAUUAAGAAGAAACAUAAGACCGCGGAGUAACUUCAAUAGAGUGGCAGCAACCGUAUCGACACCUCCCGUGGAAACAUCAUCGAACCAAUUAAUCAUGCCUUCAAUUGGAUCUUCCGUUGGAGGUUCACUGACAAACCAAGUAAGCAUCUCACAUGUGCGAAGUUUAAACUCAAGGCAACAGCAAACCCAACAACAAGCAUCCAACAGACCAAUAUCGAUCUCUUCUACGUUACCAGCGAUACAACCGAGACCUUUGCCAACGCAACUUCAACAGAUCCAGUCCCAACUCCAAAAUCAUCCACAGCAGUCGCAGCUGCAGCAAAGGCCAAAGUCCCCGCCAAACACAACAGCUCCAGUAACAGUCAUUAACCCCAACCAGCAAAGCUCUAGCUCGUUGCCAUCCCAAUCAUCGGGACAGUCCGUGACAGAGGGCACUGAUGCCAUCUUUGGCAGGUUGGUCAGUAGUCAGCUGGCCAAGAUUCCAGAAGGGCAGAAGAAGGAGCAGCUGAAGAUUAAAGUCAUGCAACUGCUGGUGGAAGCCAUGUUCGACAAAGAGCAAUCGUGAUCUUGAGAAACAGACGUAUCUGGGAGGGACCUUCCACUGUCUCCUGGUUUUACUACCUUGCGGACCUUGGACACCUUUAGUUAUGAAUUGUGAUGCUAUGUUUAUUGCACAGAUUUUUAUCUCGUCAACGGGUUAAAGAACGAAGCAGGUAGGGUCGAUCGUGAAACCACUCUUCGAGAAAAGCAAAAAUCAACUUUGAACCUUUAAGUUUGUGACCCAAGCAAUGCCACAUUAGCGCACCUUUCUGGUCUUGGAGCACCACAGGUAUAUACUAUAUAAUACACCUUUCAGAACAUUAUUGAUGGUGUAAACUAAAAGGGGCUCCCGAAUGACAUUAGACUCCAAUCUCAAAUUCCAUGUGUCUAUUCCGACUGUCGGUCUAAUCUUUGUAACUGAACUGUCUGCCUAGAUGAAUCAACCUCAAUAAAUAUUUCUUAUGACAUUGAGUUUUGAAAUACUUGUGAUCAGUCAAAAUUGAGCCUUUGAGGAUGACUCAACGGGAGCGAUUAUAUCAAAUAGUUCAAUAUAACUGAUAAACUUGCUCUUAGCCAACGAGAUGCAAGGAUAUCCGUAGCUUAUAUCAAUUGUCAAUGAAAAUCUCUAUCCAAUCUUUUCUGAAGUGUACUGGCGGAGAUCAUUUUCCUUUUUUUUUGCUAAACGUCGCUAAAAGACUUUUCAAAAGAGAGUUUUAUUACUUGUUUGUUAUCGUAAUUUUCUUGUUUCCCGUACUGCCUUAUAUUGUAUAGCAUAAUGUACAUACAUUUAUCUACUGUCUGAGACGAUAUUAAUAAUGUUAGUUUAAUGUUCAUUUUGAUUGUUUUGUUUACUGAAAAUGGAAAAUGAAAUGGACAUUAAAUAAAACUUGAAAUUACAUCGCCAAAA